CUUCUCCCAACCCAACCCCCUUUUCUCCCUGUUCUAGAAAAAAAAAACUCUCUCCCCGUCUUCUCGACUCAAGUCGCAAAGCCUUCCCCUCCCCUGGAUUCAUCGACCCCACGCGCGCGCCUCCCAACCUUAUACGCCAGAUCGGCUCCCACCACCGCACGCGCAGAAUCCGUUUGGGGUUUCGACGCCGGCGCGGCAGCGAGCAGCCGGUCCCAGGGCGUCCGUCCCCCUGCUCCCCCUCGGGCACCAGCAAGGCGGUUGUGGUAGGGAGUAGAGAUCUCGUGCCAGCGCCGCCGACGCCCCUUGAGGAUGGUUGCGCCGAUGGCUUAGGUCAGGUCAAAUUCGAUGGCACUUGCUGCUGCGAGUUCCUUCGAUUUUGGUGCUGUGAAGCUGCGGGUUGGAAUCAGUAGGGGGAAACGUCAGCAAGAUAACAACAGAUACAGGCGAGUCUUGUUUCGACAUAAUGCAAGACCCUAGAGGUAUGGGACGAGAGGAUUUCUCGGCCUCGAAGUCACAGAAGAGGAAGGUUGUGUACCGGCCUUUGCCUUCAGUCCAGAUAAAAACUGAACCUGAACUGCUGCGGAGAGACAUUCCACAUUCGUUGGCCAAUACACAGAAGCCACCUAAGAGAAGCUUCAGGAGUGAGCCCCGCCCUCCCACGCCGCAGUCUGACAGAGGAACUCCGGACUCUCUACCAGAUUCUGGUCCUGCGGAUGAAUAUCGGGCGCUACGGAGGAAGUACAUGAUGCUGGAGGAAGAGAACUACACGCUGGAUGCACAAUUAGGCAUGGCAGAAGAGGAAGCCAAAACUCUCGAGGAUGAGAAGUUUGCAUUGCUGGAUCAGCUUGUUGUCUUGGAAGGUCUUGUGGAGCCUUCACAGCUGCAGCCACAGCGAAGGCUAUAAGCAAGCCAUCUAUGUGUGACCCUUCGCUUUUUCUAGUGUAAUCCUGCAUCUAGUAUUGUUAAGUGUGAUUACCCUCAAGAUGUAGCCAUUGUAGUGGAAAGAAAAAAAAACCUAUGACAUCAGGUUUAAGAACUAUGGAAUUGUUGACUUGAAAUUCAUGAAUGAUGCGACUGAUCUAGAUAA